AUGACACUUUCCAAGCUCCGGCGGAUACUCACCUGUGGCCAUAAGAAAGACUCAGGUUCCAAACCAGAAAUCAAGCCACACACAGAUACUGGGGAUGAUAAUAGAGAUGAUGAUUCGUAUGCCACUUUGAGCGAGGUGGCUGCUCCGCGUCCGGUUGAGCCCACAAAUGAAGAGGAAGAAGCGCGGCACGAGUCGCUCGAUAAGAACAUCUCUGAGGCACAUUCGCACCAACCUCAUCUUGGCAAUAAUUGA